UCAUCAACAAAGAUUUUAAAUAAAUUUUGAACAAUGGUACACUGAUGGUUGGGAGGUCAUCAUGUAGACAUUGAAACCAUUUGAAUUGGAAGUUGCACCGGAUAUUCACGUGUUGCGUUACUUAGUUGCUAGGUGGCAGCCGAACAUGAGUGAUGAACUAUUACUGUUAGAUGCUCAGUGUGCUUUCAUUUUGGGACAACAUCAACUGGCUCUUAAAACAAUUCAAAAGUUGAAGUCGGGUUCUUCAGACGUAGAAUUGCAAUCUAAUGUGCUUACUUAUCAAGUAUACAUAGCUCAAAAAAAGUAUGGAGUUGUGCUCGAUGAAAUUCCUGAGGACGCCAACGAGCCAGAGCUAAAGCUUCUUAGGCUCUUGGCGACAUACCUUUCGAAAGGUGUAUCUGAGGACGCUGUGGUAAAACAGCUUGACAGAAUACUGGAACAACAUAUGGAUUUAAGCCAAAGUGCGAUUGUCAUUGCAGCAACUAUAUAUCUUCAUUUAGAUAUGGUGGAAUAUGCUUUGAAAACCUUAAAUAAUGGGAGCGACACGUACUGCAACGCUUUAACAGUUCAGUGUCUACUUCACAUGAAUCGUUGUGAUCUUGCUGGCAAGGCUGUUCGACGUAUGCAAACUGCAGAUGAAGAUUCUUUAGCAGCACAACUUGCCUCAGCUUUAUACUACGUGAAAAAAGGCGGUGAUCAGCUACAAGAAGCCAUUCACAUAUAUGAAGAACUUAAAGAAAAACAUGGACCUUCAACUUUACUGUUAAAUGGUCAGGCUGCAGCUUUGAUGGGUAUGAAUAAUUGGGUUGAAGCCGAACCAGUCCUUCAAGAAGCUAUUGAUUUGGAUGGUAAUAAUCCUGAUACAAUUGUAAAUAUGAUUGUGGUUUAUCAUCAUUUAGGCAAACCGGCUGAGACUAUCAACAGAUUAAUAUCUCAACUACGGGAUUGUUGUAAGGAUCAUCCAUUCCUUGUGGAUUAUGUAGAGAAGGAGGAUGAAUUUACACGUUGUGCAAAACAUUAUGCUCCAAGUGUACCAGGAUAAUAUUCUUAUAUAUUUUGUAUCAGUUUCUAUUAUCAUAAUAACUUUUAUUUGUCUUGUUUCUUUUUACUUUUGGUCGGAAAUAAAAUGAUACUAAUUAUGAUCU